CCCAGGACAAGAUUAGACCGGCAGAGGGGCUUCACUAACAGACGCAGCCGCGGGGCAGCCAGUCAAGGACUGGAAAGGAGUUCCAGAUAACAUCAAGAUGCCCAACAUUGAGGAAACUGUGCUCCAGAGUGAUUCCAGUGAAGCAGAGGGUGAGGUCCAGAAGCCUAAAACACCAGGGCAGAGCCAGGAAAACAAGAGCUUCUGUUCAGAUAGCCACCGUCCUGUGCUUUCUGUCACAGAGCUGAUAGAGACAAUUAAGGAAGUUUCCAAGCUUAGCAUUGCUCAUGAAAUCGUGGUAAACAAAGAUUUCUAUAUGGAAGAGAGUGUUUUACCUCCCAACAGUCUGGAAGGCAGGUUCGUGGACACAGUGUACAAAGCUUUUUGGGACCAUCUGAAAGAGCAGCUAUUGAGUACUCCCCCUGACUUCACGUGUGCUCUUAAACUUCUAAAAGAAGUUAAGGAGAUCUUGCUAUCACUGCUAUUACCACGCCAGAACCGCCUAAGAAAUGAGGUGGAAGAAGCUCUGGACAUGGAUCUCCUCAAGCAGGAAGCAGAACAUGGGGCCCUGGAUGUCCCUCAUCUCUCUAACUACAUUCUUAAUUUGAUGGCCCUGCUAUGUGCACCAGCCCGAGAUGAAGCAGUGCGCAAACUAAAGAGCAUAACAGAUCCUGUGCAGUUACUGAGGGGUAUCUUCCAUGUUCUGGGCCUGAUGAAAAUGGACAUGGUAAACUAUACCAUCCGGAGUCUUCGACCUUACCUGAAGGAACAUUCCGUCCAGUAUGAACGAGCUAAAUUCCAGGAGCUCCUCGACAGGCAGCCCAAUCUCCUUGAAUGCACCACAAAAUGGCUAACCAAAGCAGCAGCAGACAUCACUCCACCAUCUUCGAGUUCUCCUGACUCUCCCGGCUCCUCCACUAUGGCCUGUGCACUUCCAAAUUGGGCAGCUGACAACUCGGAGCUCCCCAGUCCCACAAUGGUGCUAUACCAGGGUUACCUGAACCUUCUUCUCUCGGAUUCUGACAAGGAAGAAUUCCCUGAGACUUUGCUGAUGGACAGAAUCCGGCUGCAGGAGAUGGAGUCCCAGUUGCGCCAGUUAACCAUCCUGACCUCAGUCUUGCUAGUGGCCAGAAGUUUCUCUGGUAAUGUUUUAUUCAACUCACCUGAAUUUGUGGAUAAACUGAAAUGCAUAACCAAGGCCCUGACAGAGGAAUUUAACUCCAGGCCUGAAGAGGCUAUGCUGAGUGUGAGUGAACAAGUGUCUCUGGAAAUCCAACAAGGCCUCAAAAGCAUGGGUCUCUCUGCCCUGAGCAGCAAAAACACAGCAUCUCUUACAGGCCAACUCCAGAACAUUGCCAAGAAGGAGAACCGUGUUCGUACCAUCAUUGAUCAGCGGAUCCGUUUGUUUCUCAAAUGCUGUUUGGUCCGUGGCAUGCAGGAAUCUCUGCUAGACUUCCCUGGAGGCCUUAUUCUCAUCAAGGGGGAGUUGGCAGACCUGGGCUGGAAGUUUGUCAAUCUGAUGCGUCACAAUCAGCAGGUAUAUAGCCCCUACUAUGCUGAAAUCCUAAAAAAUAUCAUCCCUCCGGCUCAGGCAGGAGAAACAGAAGUGGAAUGUCUCUGAUAAUGCUGGACCCCAGCUGUGGCAACAAGGACCCAGGAGAGAGGGCUCAGCCUGUUCCUGGGAUGACGUCACCUAUGGCCAGCAGAGCAACCAGUCCUCUUCCUAACUACAGCCAGAACACAUGGCUUCAGCGUUCAAGCAUGUAAACACCAACUGGCCCAAUCCCCUUCGUUAAUAAACUUCUGAGCUGCAAGCAAACCUCAGUUCCUUCUGUGCUGCAACUGAAUCCAGCUUCUGUGGCAUUAUCCUUAACUAGCUGUGAAGCCCGUGAGCCCUCAGUUUUCACUUCCCUGGCUGAUCAUUCUUCAGUAUUCUGGCUUGGGCAGGCAUCAAGUGCUAGCAUUAUUUUCCCCAAUGGAAAAUCAUUUCCGUGAGGCCUAUAAAAACUUUGUAGUGUUACCCAGAGCGUGAGCAUGAGGGCUUCUGGAAGUCAGAAAUUCACUGAGUUAUAGAUCAAGAGAAGACACAGAAUCCAACUUCCUGUACCAAAUCUUUCCGUAAUUUUGGAGGAUGCAGCAGUAGUAAGAGGCCCCAUCUCCUUUGCUGGUGUGUGGCAUAAACAGUAUGAAAACUGGGGACCGGAUGAAAGUCCACAUUGUCUGCUAACAAGCACUGAGUUGAGAACAGUUCUCAGCCUCCAUGGGAUUGUUUUCCCUCUCCCUCUCAAGUGAUCUUGGGGGUCAGGGUUGGAGUCCCUGAUAGUGACACCAAAUCCGAGCUGUUAGGUCAGUGGCCGACUCAUGUCAAGUUCAUCCUUGGUCCUGUUCUAUAGCUGAACGAUUCUCUGUUUUCAUAUUUCUAGGUUUAGAGCAUCCCGUGAUUCUUGACAGAAGUUAUGUAGGUGUUCAAGGGUGGGGCAGCCACCAUGCUUCUUCCCACUUGCAGUCUGGAAUUCUAACUGCCAGAUUAUGAUUUUCAGCUCUGUCGGCAUCACGAAUGACAGAUGUUCUGGGUACACGAGAACCUGGGCUUGUUUUCUGAGACUGUAGAGAUUCUUCCACUCCUUCUCAAGCCAACUGCAAUAGACCAACCGCAACCUAAGAAAUUAGGGAAAAUGUCAGUUUGGAUUUGAACUUGUUUGGAAUGGACAGGAGAAAAGAGAAAUUUACUUAAGGAAUAUUAUAACUGGGUGAAAAAAAAUGUCCUCACCAUUUCAGGGGAUGAGAAGAGCUAAGUAUAAUUUACUUAACCCAAGAAGAGUAACAGAUCGGAUUUGAGUUUCCUUUGUCCCAGGACAAUUUCUUUAGAGGGUGGAUCCCAGGUGGUUGACACAGCUAGGUGAAUAGAGUGAUACUUUUACUUUGGCCGGAUGUAGGGUACACAGAGAAACUGGGGAAUGGAUCAUUCAAGGGUUUUAAUCUUGUGAUUUAGAUAGUUUCAGGAAAGAGACUAAGGCUGGUGAAUGUGGUGUAUUGAAUAAACAGGCAGCGAAAUUUGUCUAGUUGAAUUUUCUAAUCUGAUUGCCAAUAUUAACACAAUUUUUUUUUAAACAUUAAUUUUGGAAGCCUGAUUAUCUUAUAGAAAAAUGUGCUCUGAAGGAACCCCUGUGGAGAUGACUGAGCAGGUGGUGGAUACAGACAUUGGAUGAAAUGAAAAUUUACUUUCUGCUUUAUAAUUGAAGUUUGGCAUGAUUGAUUUCUUCGAGAUUCUGAGUUGGCUCUCUAUCUCCACAUAGAGACGAUAGUGAUGAGGAUUUUUAGGCUGCUUAAUGUUAAAACGGUUUAUGAUGAGGAUUUUUAGGCUGGUUACUUUUAAAACUGCAGAUGAGAAGCAGGCUCUGAGGACUG